AUGUCGGUCUUGAAGGCUGUUCCUCGCGAACACUGGCGACAUCUCUACCGUGCCACGAUUCGCGAAUGCUCCUAUCUUCCGGACCCGAUCGCCAGACAAUUUAUGCAAAAACACUGUACUGAAAGGUUUCGACGAUACUGGAACAGCCCCGAGUUGCGAUCCGACUUCUACCGGCAACAUCGUCUCCGAAAAGAUGCCUCAAAGAACCUAUCCGUGUUGCAACGAGCCAACCAAGGAUAUUCCAAACCUCUCGAAAAGAUCCUUCGAAUGUCAUACGGGCGAGUAGGGAAGCGAAGAUGGGAGUUAUUGCAGAUCAUGCUUACACCGGAAAUGCCGGAAAACACGGCGGCUGUGCUAGAUUUGAUCCAAAAACCGACUAUGCUUGAGGACAACUGGAAACCUCCAUCUAUCGUGGUGGAUCUUAUAAAAUCCCAGCACAGCAACGGAUUGAUCGCCCAGCUUGGAGUUCGCACACCGGUUAAGACCCUCGAGCCACCGAUACCGAAAGAAGAUAUCUGGGGGAAGCCGCUUUCUCGAUCACGCCAACGAAAUAUUAGAAAAAGAUGGUACAGGGCUGCACUUGGGAGUCUUCUUCCACCGCUCCCACAAGCGGAACUCAAGACUCUGGAGGGUUUACUUGCUGGGACUAUUGCCUGGCAACAACCGAAGAAGAGGAUCCCACUUGGGCUUUCGCAUCAGACCGAACAAAAUCUCACUGCAAAGUUCUUGGCUAUGGGUCCUGAGAAGGGGGUAACGUUCCGAGAAUUCGCCAAUGGGCGACCGCACAAUAUUACGCAUCGGUUUAUGCAGAGGCUUUGGAGACGCAUAUCAUGUCUAGUCCCGCGAGAAGAGCGAUAUGGCCCGACCCAGAAGCUCGGUUUCCAAUGGGGGACAAUCAGACCGACCCAGAAGUUGUCUAUCGUUGUAGAGCCUAGUAUCUUCGACAAUGUUGAUGCGAGAGGAAAGAUGACAAAAGCGCAGGAGAAGCAGGGCUCUGCGGGUAGUUUGGAGGAUGUUGAUUGA